CAGGCGGAGAAGGUGGAGGGGCCGCCGAGAGCGAGAAGCUGAGGCUAACAAGAAACCUAUGGGAGCCACAGCGUAUGCAGUUGAUGCACUUAUCCACGUGAAGCCUUUGCCCAAGGGGAGGAGACUGGAACUGUGAAGCAUUGACUACGCUGUACACCAGCUCAGAGGCAAGGCAGCAAUGUUUUCAAGAGGAGCACUGAGAGAAACCGAGCACCACAGCCUCUAAUCAAGAGAGCUCCUGCUGGUCUGGAGCUUAGAUUUUUACCUUCCUUUUGCCCCCCCUUGGAGAUGAACCAGAGACUUAACCUGCUCUCCUCCUUACCUGGAAUCCUCAUCAGCAAUGAUACUAUAGCCAGAUCUGACCACCAAAGAGAGAGGAGGAUUUUUCACUUAAAGCUAGGCUGCCAUUGCAACUGAACUCUCUCUAUUUUUGUACAUCGGAUUCACUGGGGAUUUUUUAAAAAGUUUUAUUUUUUGGUUUCACCUUUUGAAACACCCAUAUUGUUUGUAUCUAGAGCUGCUGCUCUCUGGUUAUUCUUGCGUCUUCUUUUUUUUUUUAAUUUGGUGUUUCUAGGCUUUUUAUUUUGGCCUUUGUUUGAAUUUGCCCAUGGCGUUUUUGAUGAAGAAAAAGAAGUUUAAAUUUCAAACCAGUUUCACUUUAGAGGAGCUGACCGCAGUCCCUUUUGUGAAUGGUGUUCUGUUCUGCAAAAUUAGGCUGCUAGAUGGAGGAGACUUUGCAACCUUGUCUUCCAGGGAAGAAGUUCAGGAGAAUUGUGUUCGUUGGCAGAAGAAAUUUACCUUUGUCUGUAAAAUGAGUGCCAAUCCUGCCACUGGCCUGUUGGACCCCUGCAUCUGCCGUGUGUCCGUUCGCAAGGAACUGAAAGGGGGGAAAACCUAUUCCAAGCUAGGUUUUGCUGAUCUGAAUCUGGCAGAAUUUGCUGGCUCUGGGUUCACAGUCCGAUGCUGCUUGCUGGAGGGAUACGACACCAAGAAUACCCGGCAAGAUAAUUCCAUCCUGAAGGUCACCAUCGGCAUGUCCCUGCUCUCUGGAGACCCCUGCUUCAAAACACCUCCCUCCACAGCCAAAUCGAUCACCAUCCCAGGGCAGGACUCUACUCUCCAGCUCACCUGUAAAGGUGAAGGGACGACCAGCAGCACCAAUACCAACACCAGCACACCUGCCACUAUCGGCUCGGUCCGCCAGAAUAAGCCCAGGCCCACCAUCCUCAGCUCGGGGGUACCAGAGGAACCAGAUCAGAACCUGUCCAGCCCAGAGGAAGUAUUCCAUUCUGGGCACUCACGAAAUUCCAGUUACGCCAGCCAGCAAUCCAAAAUCUCAGGCUACAGCACUGAGCACUCGCGGUCCUCCAGCAUGUCCGACCUGACCCACCGCCGGAACACCUCCACCAGCAGCAGUGCCUCUGGGGGGCUCAGCAUGACGGUGGAGUGCCCGGAGGGUGAGCGAGAGCACAAGCUGGAGAAGCCUCCUCGGCCACCCAGACCAAACCUUCUCUUGGACAGGUCAUCCAGGAGGAAAAAGGAUUCUGUGGAAAGCCACCCCACAUGGGUGGAUGACACCCGGAUCGAUGCGGACGACAUAGUAGAGAAAAUCAUGCAGAGUCAGGACUUCACCGACGUCAGCAACACUGAAGAUAGUAACCUGAGGCUAUUUGUGAGCAGAGACGGCACGACAACACUAAGCGGAAUUCAGCUUGCAAACAGAGUCUCAUCUGGAGUUUACGAGCCAGUGGUAAUCGAAACCCAUUAAAUGUGAACAGGACGGGGUAGACCUGCUGGAAACGGUCUCCUUCCCCAUCCGAGGUCCUGAUGGAUGCCAUUCCCGCCCCCCCCCCAACCGUUCCCUCCUUGUCUUUUUAACCCUUUCUUCACACAACAUUCCAGGCUGGACUUCCCCAGCGCCGCCUCUGCCGCCCCCCCCCCCCUGCCCUCGCCAUCCCAUGAUGCAUGUGCACUCCAGACCUGCUCUGAGAACAACACACUCCAGGACAUGCACUUUCGCUCAGAUCUGAGGGAACAUGAAGCAGAUACUUGGAGACAUCUCAUCGCCUCCCUGCCCAUCUCAAGUGUCGCUUUGAAGCUUCCUCGUCAACAGGGGGAGGAGGAGGAGGGUGCACUCCACGUCAUUCCGUGCUCCAGCCCUCAUUUGUGGGAUCUCUCGUACCCUGUCUCUCUCAGCCAUUGGGUUAUACCACUGUGAACCCUCCCCCACCCACCCCAAAAAGACUGCUCACAGUUGGGGCGUGGGGAGGAGAACCCUCGCUCGUGGGAUGCAGGAGCAGGCCGUUCGGGUGCGAAAUCUAACCCGGGCCUGUUCGUCAACAGGCCUCCACCUUGUGAAUUGCAAGGAAGCUUAGCUGUGAGCUCUACGACUACUAAAGCACCCUAAAUUUCAUUUUAAAGCCCCAAAGAGCGUCCACUCAUAGGAAAUGACUUGUGUUUGUUCGUUUGGUUGGUUUUCCUUCCAGAAGUGUGUUUCAGGAGUCACUAAGAAAUGGAAGUGAAUCGUUUUAGAAACAAGCAAAGAAAGAUUACGAAUGCAGUUAGUGUCACCAAUGGCAGUCUUGCAGAAAUCCCCCUUCUAGUGCAGGGCAUGGAAGGGGGCGACUUCCCUUGGUUUCCACUACAGGGAGCACUUUAAGGAUUCCAAACGUGCCCAAGAAGACGCCCGCGGAAAGCUUGUUUCGCAAGCGGCAUCGGCACGCAGGCUUUUUCCCUUUUUUUCCCUUUUCUUUUACUGCAGGUACCAGCCACUGUUUGUAGGUUGGUAGAAGUGGUUACAGCAGUGAAGCCUCCAAGCCCAAGUGUGGUUCUGUGUGCUUAUUUGAGGCCAGUAGAGAAGAAGUCAACAUGUCCUGAGGGAGUGCUGCCUUCUGGGCCAGAAAAAUUGCAAUGCUCAAUUUUUCGUUCUGGGCGGGAGCGUUUUGACACUCUCCGCAAAUCUGGGACAUGAUUGAUUCUCCACGUGCGCGCACCGUUUCUGGUUGGGCCUUGAUUUGGUUUGGGAUGGUGAAUCCAUUGUGAAGGAGCUUCAUCUGAAAUGUGCCUAAAUCUGUCCACACACCUGCUGCUCCAUUUAGCCUGCCUUUUCCCUAACAGCACUUUCCAGCGGUGUUGGACUACAGCUCUUAUCAACCCCAGCCAGCCUGCUGGGUGGGGAUAGUGGGAGUUGUACUCCAACCUAUUUGGAGGAUGCCUGGUUGGGGAAGGCUGGUUUAAUGUAUGGAUUCUAACCCACUCCUGACUGGUCUAAACUAAGCCUGGUGUGCACCUGCAGCAGAAUGAGGUGGAAGAGUGAACCGUGUCACCUGGGGCGGCUGGUGAGUGAUGCCAUUUUUGAACGCUGCCCUCAAGUAAAGGUGAAUUCCCUGCAAGUAGAAAACUAGCACAUCAGGGAGAAAGGGUCCAAUUCAGACUGC